UUCUUCAAUAGCUGCAAUCGUUCGCAUGUAUUUGAUUUACUUAAUAAUACUUAUAUCUAUACGGAGUAAUCUAUACUACUUAUAAAAGUGGAGUUUACUUAUUAUCUCUGAAAAGCAAGUGUCAUUGUGUGUGAUAUUAUUUUUAAUUGCGUAUCUACAGUUGUGAGUUUGCGACGUACAUAUUAAUAAUACAAAAGCACAUCAGUACAGUAUAAAUAUUAAUUAUUAGUGUUCAUACCUACCAUACAAAACUUUGGUUGUAUAUUAUACACUUGAAAUGUAUCAACACGAUAUGUAUUAUGCGCAUUACGUGAUAUACCAAAAUAAGCAAUGGAAAUAAUCUAAAUAUUUUUAUCUAGCUAAUUUUGUUGUAAUAAUAUACAAGAAAAACUGCGUCUUUUGCUAAUAAAAAUAUGCAUAAUGGUAACAGUUCAUAUGACAGUGGUGAGUGUCAUUCGUCUACUUAAUGAAGCUAGCGAUCUAUUGGAGACUCACGUUUUGGGUAACGAGAAGACGAUGGAAAGAUCAAUGAGAUCCAGCCUUGGCGGUAAUAGUGUUGAUAUUGGUGAAAUAACUGAAUCUCCAGAUACAGAAUAUAUGAGUACUUCUGCAAUAUUACACUACUGUAAAUCAAAGAUAUUACUUCCAUAUUUGAAGUUGCUCACUAUUAUGGGAUUGCGGCCUUUAGUGGAUGUAUCUAAUUCAUCAAAAUUUACCAUUUGUGUUUCACAUUUUCAUUCGGUUCAAGUUGCUGUGUAUAUGUCUCUAGGCUAUAUUCUUCAAUACAUGUCAUGCUUCAGACGGGAUAGAGGAUUUUGUUACAAGCUGGUGCCUCUAGCCUUAGCAUCUCCUAAAGAAUACAAUACAUACAAAGAAGUGUGUUAUGGAAAUAUUGUAUUCGCAUAUAUCGGCCCCAGUGCUUUACAUUUCAUGGGGUUUCUUUAUGCAUUGUAUUUAUUCAGGAUAUCUGAUAAUGAACAAUUACAAAAUUUAAUGGAAAGGGUUUUCCUUUUAUCAUCGUACGCUCCUCAAGGUAUGCCUACAGCAAAGCCUAGACGGUUACUUCGAAUGCUCUGGUUCUUCAUAAUUUUAAGCGUCUUAUGGAUGUGUCUCUCUUUGUGCACUGUUAAUCUAAUGAUGGCUAAAGGGACUAUUAUGUUUAGGUGGAUGGAGACAAGUUCCAAUGAAGUGAUAUUGUUAUUAAAAGUUUUGCUGAUUGUAUGUACACUCGUACAUGAUAUGGUGCAAGCGACUAUAGUAGCUAGUUAUUGUCUGCAAGCUCAGCUACUGCAGGUACAUCUUACGUUCCUAAAGGAACGUUUGCUGAACAGAACUAUAACACCUCUAAAUUGGAUGAGGGAAAUUGCAGAAUUUCGAAAGCUUUUAAAAUAUUUAAACGAAGAUUUAGCACCAGCGGUAUGCAUGUUCAUAGUUGUGAACAUGUCUUGGGCCACAUCAGGGCUCAUGUGGUUAUUGAAUUGGGAUAAAAUAGAUGCACGUACCGAACCUAUUAUGGCCAUCAGUGUCUUAAAUCAACUGUUAUGGGUAUCUGCGGUCAUUGUACCUUUUAUACAGGCAGCUCGUCUAUCAAAAGAAUGUCGACAAACACAGUCCGUUGGGCACGAACUGUGCGUGCGCCCAUUUCUACACCAAGAUACAUCCCAUGAAGACAUCACUACAAUACUUAUGUACGCAUCCAGUCUCAAACUACGAGCGAAACUCUUUCAUUUCCCCAUCGCUGGACGACAUCUUUGUAUUAUACUAACAGUGUCUACUAUUGUACUUUUCUCGUUAGGUAUGUGCCAUUAUUUACAAUGAAUUUUAAUAGGUAUUACAAUUAAAAUUAAUAAUAUGGAAUAA